AUAGUAGUGCGUAUAUAUUAAUACUAUAUUAUAAUACUGAGCGCUUGUAGACUCUUUAGGUUGUGGUAUUUUUGUUGUUGUUAUUCUUGUUCGGUCCUGUUCGAAGGACAAGCUGCUGACUACACUACUUUUAGGAUGAUGCGAAAAAAAUUUGGCGGGCUUGGUCAGAAACGGUGGCAGGAUGCCAUCAACAGAGUGUCUCUAAACUUGCAGACCACGAGAAAGAGUUCAAUGUCCACGAGGGGGGGCAGUUUCCACAGCGACAGUGAAGUAGACGAUGGUCCUAAAGGGCCAGCCGUCCUUUAUGAAAAUACAUUCCAACUCGAGCCUAAAGAUAAUCAGAAAUUCCCAACCAAAAAAGCAGAGGAUGUCAUCAAGGCGAUAUUCAAUUCCAACUUGAGGGACAAGAAGUACAUCUCCGACAGCUCGAGGAAUCUGACAACAAACCUAUCAGAACUUAUCAGGACUCAAGUAAAGCAAGAACUCGGCAAACAAAAUAGAUUUAAAAUAGUAGUAAUGGUGCUAAUUGGAUCCAUGGAAGGGCAAGGAGUCAGAUGCGCUUCUAGGUGCCUGUGGUACCCUCAGUGCGACCGGUUUGCAACAUACCACUACAACAACGAACACUUGUUUGCAGUGGGCACUGUAUACGGGGUUUAUUACGAGUAGUAAUAUUACUAAUAUUACUAAUAUUACUAAUAUUACUAAUAUUACUAAUAUUACUAAUAUUACUAAUAUUACUAAUAUUACUAAUAUUACUAAUAUUACUAAUAUUACUAAUAUUACUAAUAUUACUAAUAUUACUAAUAUUACUAAUAUUACUAAUAUUAUUAAUAUUAUUAAUAAUACGUGCAGUUCCUAGAAUAAUAUAAAGUAUUCAGAUUGCUGUGGUUAAACUAAAAAACCUUUUUUAAUUAUUAUUUUGCUCAUUUAACAAAUCGAGCUAAUCGGGAUAGAAUGUGAAUAAUUGUUGAGGCCUAAUUUACCGACCCUAUUUAAUCUGGCCCUAAGUAAGGUGACAAGCUGGAUUUUUGAAGAAAGGAAAGAAAAAAGAAACAACUUUCAUAGGUUUCCUGAUCAAGCACAGAAUAAUUGACCAUUGUCAAUUGAUUGCUAUAUAUAAGGUCAUAAUAAAAUAAAUUCCAAACCACUCUACUAAUCUAGUAGCAGAGUGUAACCAAUAACUAUACUAAUGUUAUGGUAUCCGUAUCAAUAAAAAUUCCGAUUUGCUGGAAUUUUUCCAGAUAAAUUUGGUCAACCAAUAAGUCUUUAAGGCACUAAGUAUGGCCAUAGCAUUAGCGGCCGAAUUUCUGCUAAAUUAGAGACAGACAAAUUAAGGUCGAUGAGGUAAUAAAAAUCAUAUCACAAUCUACUAAAGUAAGAAAGUGACAUAAAGUAAGUUACUAGAUGCUUAGAUGGUUGAAAUUAACUACUUUUUCGAUUAUUUUCACAUCUGAGCUCUUAAGGAAGUGUGAUUUACAUUUUUAUAGAAAGUUUAAUUUUCCGAUUAAAUGUUAAAUUAGGAUGCGUCUUCAGGCGAAAGAGACAUGAUUAAAUUUAAUGGAGAGUUAGUCAGUAUAAUUGUUUUUAUAUUUACAUGCGGUUCAAUUGAGAUGAGUGUACAAAUUAUGAACCGUUUGAUAAAGCAAGGAACGAGCAGGAUAAUUCCAAAAUGUUAAUGCUGUCUAUAAUGUUUAAAAAUUUGUUUAAAUAUGUAUAUCAUAAAUGAGUACAUUUUUAAACCAUGGUUUUUAUUUUUUUUAAAUACUAUCAUUCGACAAAAAGAGAACAAUAUCAUCAACAACCUAGCUAGAUGAUAAGAAAAGCAGAAUCUUUUCUAAUAAUAGUAUU